ACCUACUCCGCGGACGAAGCUGGCGAAGAAACUUAACGUGACUAUGGGUGAAAUAUCCAAUGACUUGUUAAUUCGCAGUCGCCGGGAGAAGGAUGUCAGGAAGCUGAGCUUCAUAUGUCCGAGGAUGAAGUAUUGGCUCAGAUGAAGGUGUUGCUUCUCGCGGGUUACGAAACAACGUCAACCAGUCUUACGUGGGCACUGAUCGAGUUAUCGCGACACCCCGAUGUCCAGACCAGACUCAGGGAGGAGCUGCUUGCAUUUGGUCCUGAUCCGACAUACGACCAAUUAAAGGCCAGCCUCCCAUACUUGGACGCGGUCGUCCAUGAAAUUCUACGACUCCAUCCUGCGGUACCCGAGUUCACUCGCUGCGCACGCGUAGACGAUGUUGUUCCCUUGAGUGAACCUGUGUGCACGGAGUCCGGGAAAAUGACAGAUAGUAUAUCUAUAGCGAAGGGUUCAUUGUUAGUGAUCUCAAUCAGGGCAACCAAUCGUUCUUCAGCCAUCUGGGGACCUGACGCAAAGGAAUUCAAGCCUGAUCGUUGGUUGACUGAAGACGGGAUCAGUGGGAAGGCCAAGGAAGUUCAAGGUCAUAGGCAUCUGCUGACAUUCGUCGACGGCCCGAGGACGUGUCUCGGAAAAGAUUUUGCGAUCACGGAAUUCAAGGCGGUAUUGUCGGUUCUAGUGAAGAACUUUGUGUUUGAGAUGCGGGAUGGACCGGAUACUGAGGUUGAGAUUGCGAGGGGAAUUUUGCCUCGCCCGCGUGUUGUUGGAGAGGACGGUAUUGGUGUGCCUUUGAGAGUUCGUCGGUUUGAAUGAUUGGCUGCAUUGCACUGGAAGAUUCGAAUAUUCUAUCUGCAGCAUGAGCUCUUAAAUAAUUUAUUCAGAUAGGCAUGUAAGCUUC